AUGAGGAUCAGCUCAUUUCUACCGAUUGCCUUGAGCAUGGCACAGAGGACAAUGAAAGUGAGCCGACAAGCGGAGCUGGGUUUGCUCCAGAAAAAGGAGAUUUCGCUUCCAUAUGAAAUGAUUAACGACGCUUUGGCUAAUUCGCCAGAUGGAAAGGCAACCUUCGAGCAAAUGAAUACAAAGAAGGAAAAAGCUAUUCUUCGAGAAAAAUACCUCGCUCGUGGGAGCAAAAUCCUCGGGGUUGAAUCGCGCUGGAGAUUUCGUCUGACGCAGUGCGCCAAACAAGGAAACUGCCCAUGCUCGGAAAAGAUCGACGUCGAUUAUGCUCCUUUCGGCGUGGAAGGUGCCUUCAAAUCAAACAACGGGACAAAGUUCUAUGCGCCGAAUACGAAUUGUAUCUGGAAAUUACACGCGCCGAAAGAUUACACCAUUCUUAUGCGGUUUAAUCGAUUUGCUGUUGAGCGAGAAGACGUCUGCGGGUUCGACUAUGCGAUGAUCUACUCCGGCAAGAUGGAAUACCUCAACAACAAAGAGCAUAACGACACAGUUAAAGCAGAAGGGGUUUUCUGCGGAAGCAUCAAAGACCCUCAAAACGUAGGCGACGAUGACUGGAACGACAAAAGCACGCUGGUGCCAACUUCGGACAGCGGAGAUGACACGCUCAAUCGAACAUUCUUCAAUGGACAGUGGACAGACUUACGGAACAACAACGCAGGAAUUAUUUUCGUAACCGAUGGCGACACUCAACACACCGGCUUUGAAUUGGAGUGGCGAGUCCUUCCUAAAAUGCAGAACGUCAAUGUGACGGGUGCGGAGGAUGCUGUCGAUUACGUUCGGCAGCGGAUCCUAGAUGAUAUCGAAAACAAUCCAAUGAACUCGAAAGAAGAGAAGGAAGAAAAGAUCAAACAGGUUACUAAAACUAUGGACCGUAUGAUCACAGCGACCAAAAAGAACUGCUAUCACUUGGAAGGAAAUGUCGUGCCACUGGAAAUUCAGAAUGGAAUAAAGACAACAAAUACAGCAAUAGGUUUCUUUCCGUACAUGCUUGACCUGAUUUUCGCGACGCACAAAAAGUGCAGACAAAAGCACAGGGUUGCAUGGAAGCGACGAUUCGACAAACUGCAAAACACUCUUUGGAACAAGGUAGCAGAUCAGGAUAGUUCAAUUAACACCUCAGACGAUGACUCCAUCAACGUCGGGAGUUUAACGCUUUCAGCAGAGGAGGAGAACGGAGAGACGCAACACAAAUCGCCAUUCAAUCCAGAUGAUAGUGUAUUUGCAAUCGAAUGA